AUGGUUGCCAUCGCCCAGCUUCUGCCUCGAUUCGUGGUGACCAGCUUCGGCCUCGCUCUCAACCUCACUUCCAGACUCAUCCCAGGUGGCGGCAGAGAGGGCGGAGGCUGUACCGGAAUUGAGACUCUAAUCGGAGACAACGGUUACCCCCUCGAGACCCACGAGGUAGCCACACAAGAUGGCUACGUUCUGCAGAUGCACCGAAUACCCCACGGAAGGACGGGCUCCUGCGCUCACGUGAGCGCCUCCAAAGACCGCUGGUGCGGAGGACGCGGUCCCGUGUUCGUCAUGACGGGUCUUCUCGCCGACUCGGCGUCCCUGGUGCUCGACUUCCCUGGCCAAUCACUCGGGUUCGUGCUUGCUGACAACGGCUACGACGUCUGGCUUGGCAACACACGCGGUAACACGUUUGGCAGAAAGCACCGUACAUUGGAUGUUAACUCAAGGCCCUUCUGGAACUUCACGUUUCACGAGCACGCGGUUUACGAUUUGCCCGCUCAGAUAGAUUACGUGCUGAGCGAAACAGGAAAACGGCAGCUCCUUUACGUCGGCAUGUCACAAGGCACCCUCAUCUUCUUCGCCAUGAUGUCCGAGAGACCCGAAUACAACGACAAGGUGAAGGCUUUCGCUGGACUGGCACCUUUCAACAAACUGGCUCACAUCAAAGUGCCACCGCUCGCCAUAUUUGGCCCGUAUGCGGAGAACGCGCUGCGCCUGGCACAAGUUGUGGGAGGCUCCGAGGUGCUGCCUAAGGACUUCCAGCUCAUGAGCAUUGUGAGACUCCUGUGUGGGAGUGUGGCCAAGCGCGUCUGCACUUUCCUCGGCGACAGGCUCAACAACCUCGGAAGCAGAUAUAUUAAUCUGCUCGUUGGUUCGAAGCGGGCUCAAAAGUUUGACUAUGGUGCAUCCAAGAACAAUGAAGUUUACGGGCAGCGGGAGCCUCCGGAGUACAACCUGUCGCGCGUAACCACGGACGUGGGCCUGUUCUGGAGCGAGGGUGACCAGUUCGUGACGCCGAAGGAGGUGGACGAGCUGCGUUCUUCGCUGGGGGCUCGAGUCAGGCGGGAAGGGUACAUCGCCGAUCCCUACUAUACUCACGUGCACUUCCUCAUCGGUCUGGUGAACAGGAAGUACCUCUUCAGGAAUCUACUCGACUUCCUGGGUGGAUACCCGGCUGAACAUGAGCAGACGGAAGAAGAUAUGGACACCACAACAAACGCUGUAUAUACGACACUCGAUUCCUGA